GUGAAGGAACCUGUCGCUCCAAAAAAACACAGUGGAAACGGUGCUGCGUAAAAGUGCAACCGUAAUAAGAAAUAAGAUCUAAUUGUUAAUAGUUGUUGAUACUUAUUUGCCGAGUUUCUCAGCGGUCAGAGAUGAGCGCGAGCCUGAGUGAGCAGUAUGAGAAGAAGGUGCGCCCGUGCAUCGACCUGAUCGACUCCCUGCGCGCGCUCGGUGUGGAGAAGGACCUCGCGCUUCCAGCCAUCACCGUGAUCGGAGACCAGAGCUCGGGGAAGAGCUCGGUGCUGGAGGCGCUGUCCGGAGUCGCUCUGCCCCGCGGGAGUGCUAUAGUGACAAGAUGUCCGCUCGAGCUCAAGAUGAAGAAGAGCAGGAGGGAACACUUCUGGCAGGGAAAGAUCAAGUACGAUGAUUAUGAGGAAGAGAUUGGAGAUCCAGAAGAUGUGGAGCAAAUGAUUAGAAAAGCUCAGAAUGAAAUAGCUGGGACCGGCGUGGGCAUCAGUGACAAGCUCAUCAGCCUGGAGGUGACAUCACCUAACGUUCCUGACCUCACGCUCAUCGAUCUGCCUGGUAUUACCCGUGUAGCAGUCAGAGACCAACCGGAGGACAUUGGAGAACAAAUUAAGAGGCUGAUCCAAAAGUUCAUCGCAAAGCAAGACACCAUCAACCUGGUGGUAGUGCCGUGUAACGUGGAUAUCGCUACUACUGAAGCGCUGAAGAUGGCUCUGGAAGUUGAUCCAAAUGGCGAGAGAACCUUCGGCAUCCUAACGAAGCCUGACCUGGUGGAUAAAGGCUCGGAGGAGACAGUGGUGUCCAUCAUCAAUAACGAGAUCGUUUACCUCAAUAAAGGCUACAUGAUCGUCAGGUGCCGAGGACAGCAGGAGAUCAAGGACCGAAUAUCUCUGAAUGAAGCCAUCAAGAGGGAAAGGGUCUUCUUUGAAGAUCACCCACAUUUCAGAACACUGUAUGACAAUAGAAAAGCCACCAUUCCCAACCUGGCUGAGAAACUCACAAUUGAACUCGUCUUUCAUAUUGGGCGAUGCCUGCCACGACUGGAGGAGCAAAUCCAGGUGAAGUUAUCUGAAACUCAGGCUGAACUAGAUCGCUAUGGCUCAGGGACUCCUAAAGAACCAGAACAAAGGAUUUACUUCCUGACUGACAAAAUCACAGCGUUUAUUCAGGACGUCCUCAACCUGACGACUGGAGAGGAGGUGAAGAGCAUGUCAUAUAUGAACAUCUUCCCAGAUCUGCGGAAGCAGUUUGAUCUCUGGAAGAAAGAUCUAGACAGUGUAGGAGAGACAUUUAACAAGAAGAUUGAGAAGGAAAUGAAGGCGUACGAGGAAAAAUACAGAGGCAGAGAACUUCCAGGCUUCCUCAACUACAAUACCUUUGAGGUGAUAGUGAAGGGGCAGAUCAAGCAACUGGAGGAACCUGCCAUCAGGAGACUGAAGGAAAUCUCAGAUCUCAUUAGGAAGGAGUUCAGCCAACUGGCUCAUUCCAACUUCCCAGGUUUCCCCAAUAUCCUCAAAAUGGCAAAGACCAAAAUCGAGAACAUAAAGCAGGUGAAGGAGUCAGAGACUGAAUCAAUGCUCAGGACCCAGUUUAAGAUGGAGAUGAUGAUCUACACCCAAGACAAAACGCAUAACGAUAACCUGAAGAUGCUGAAGAGCAAGGAAGAAGGAAAAGAGAAACAAAAGCUUGCUCGCUCUCCUUCUCAAAGGUUGUACAAUCACUCAGACAGUGAAGGCAUUCUUGAGGAACUGACGUGCCACCUGAAGUCCUACUACAGUAUUGUGACUAAGCGCCUGGCGGACCAGGUUCCGAUGGUGAUCAGGUACAUGAUGCUUCAGGAGUCAGCGGCACAGCUGCAGAGGGAAAUGAUACAGCUCAUACAGGACAGACAUAACAUCGAGGAGCUGCUGAAAGAAGACCAUGACAUCGCCAGAAAACGGAACAACCUGCAUAGCCGCCAGAAACGGCUGACAGAGGCCCUCAAAUACCUGGCUAAGUUUUAGAGCCAAUCACAAAUUUUAACACACAAUCUGUUUUGGCAAAUUUUGGUAGAAUUCUAGGUUUUAGAAAUGAUGUAACUGUCAAUCACUGAAGGAACUGCAAAAUCCCUUUAUGUUUUUGUUUGUUACUACAUUUUCAAGGAAACACACAAAAAAAUGUCUGUUAAAGCAAUUUCUUUCUGUACGGUGCUGAGUCUGUCAUCUUGGAUUUUUUUUUUAAAGGUUUUAUACUGCUUUCUACUCCAUAUACUAGAUACACUUCCAAAUAAACAAUUUUAACGGCA